AAGAGGAUGAAGUUUGAUAUAAUUUCGCUCCAUUGUUGAACAAUUAACCGAAUACAGUCAUCUCAUUGAAGGGCAUGCUAACCGCCUUCAAAUUAAGAUAACGGCAGUGACGAUUCGGACAAAACUGCAAUAAAGGAGAGGAAAUGCCCAACAGCGGAGCAGCAGCCCAAGCGGCGAAGAGAACGGGGCUCUGAUUGAAAGGAGAGAGAGACAGAAAGAGAUAUUUGGGUUUUUCCUUGUGCCUGCCUGCUUUGGCUCGUCCUUCUAGUUCAGAACAGAGAAAAAGGCGCAAUCUUUUCUGGUGGUGAGAGGACUGUAAGUGCUAGGGAAGAGAAGGGAUUUUGUUUCACCACUUCUGUGGAGUUCUUAUAUAGCAAACAGUUUGGGAGAGAAAGGAAGAGUAUUGAUGACAGGCAUCGGUGGUUUCGAAAAUUAGAGUACUUCAGUGGGUAAUCUGAGGUUGUCGUGAAUGUGGAGUUGUUUCACAACAUUUUUAUUCGCUUCUUUCUCUUCGUUGUCUUCUUCUUCUGUUACUCUGUUGUAGAAGAAGUUGCAGUAUUAUAGUGGGGAAGAAGGAGAGAAAGCGAGAAGGAAGAUUUGUCCUUUUUUUUCUGUUUUUCUGCAGUUCAUUUUUAGCUCUCUUUUUUCUGGUCUCUUUUCUUUUUUUCUUUUUGUCGGGGAAAGAGGAAUGAAUUUUUAUGUCAGUGAAAGGUGUUUUGGAUGGUGUCGAUAGAAGAGGAGAGAGAUUAGAGAACCGGGGCAAAAACAGGGGAGUUAUAUUAGGAACAGAUCUUGUCAGUAAGCUAUAGAGAGAGAAUGAUGGCAGCGAAUUUCAGAAGCCAUUCAAACCUUAAGUGCUUCCUCGACAGCACCACUCCUUCAGUUGCCUCUCAAUCUCUCCCCAAGUCAUGCAUGAGGGAUCUGAACAGUCUCUGGCAUCCAAUUGAGAAGGAAGAGGAGGUGGAGUACUUUACUCUUGGAGACCUCUGGGAUCAGUACAAGGAAUGGAGUGCUUAUGGCGCUGGAGUUCCAAUCCUCUUCCCUGAUGGUGAAAUUGUAGUCCAAUACUACGUGCCUUACUUGUCUGCCAUCCAGAUUUACACCACAAAAUCUCUCUCUUCUUUGAGGGUUUUGGGAGAAGAAAGCGAGAGUGAUUCGUGGAGCGAUGAUAGUGAAAGCGAGAAGCUAUCAAGGUCAUGGGAUGCUGCAUCGGAGGACUCAUCUUUCGAUCAAGAUGGUUCGUGUUCGAAUAAUCGGUUGGGUUAUCUAUAUUUUCACUAUAUGGAAUGCUGCCCUCCUUGGGGAAGGAUUCCACUUAUGGACAAAGUGAAAGAGCUUUCUCAAAAUUAUCCGGGUUUGAUGUCAUUUAAGAGUGUGGAUCUUUCACCUGCAAGUUGGAUGUCUGUUGCUUGGUACCCUAUCUAUCAUAUUCCCGCUCGCAAGAAUGCUAAGGAUCUUUCGGCCUCAUUCUUGACAUUUCAUACCAUCUCAUCUUCUUUCCAAGAUAAUGUUUUCAUGGACUGCAAAAAAGACAUUUCUUGCACUUCUACCCCAAACUUUGGAAGGAAUUCAAAGGAGAGCACAAACUGCAUCAGAUUAUGUCCAUAUGGCCUCGCAACCUAUAAAAUGCAAGGAAACAUUUGGAUGAAUUCAGAAAAUUCAGAUAUUGAGAAGAUAAUGACGCUCUGCAGCGCUGCAGAUUCAUGGCUGAAGCAGCUAAGAGUUUACCAUCAUGAUUUCAAUUUCUUCAUCAGCCAUGCCGUGUGACAGGAGAAAGAGAAGCUUUCUGAGCUGAAUAAGCCAUUUUAAGAUCUCACUUUGAUGCAGAUUUAGAGAUUGUUGGCAGUAAAAAUCAAAUUUUUAUUUUUUCUUUGCAGAAGAAUCAGCUCAGUUUUUUUUUUCUUUUUAAAUUAUGGUUUAACCAGUGUGAUUUGUAGUUUUUGGUACUUGGAGAAGAUGAGUUUUUUA